GGUUUAAGGUUAGCCGCGCGUUAGGUCGUCGGGAAACCUAAGUCGCUCGAUCGAAGAAGAUGGACAAGAGUAUGCUUGGAGAUCUGGAUUCUCUACCGGAAGAAGAUAAGCUGAGAAUGUCGGCUAUGAUUGACCAGCUUCAAAUUCGUGACAGUCUAAGGAUGUAUAAUUCAUUGGUGGAGAGAUGUUUCACCGACUGUGUGGACAGUUUUCGGCGCAAAUCCCUAGAUAAGCAAGAAGAGACAUGUGUCCGCCGGUGUGCUGAGAAGUUCUUGAAGCACUCAAUGCGGGUUGGCAUGAGAUUUGCAGAGCUCAACCAAGGAGCAGCAACACCAGAUUAAAUUCUCAAGGCUUCAGGAGUGACCUAGUUACCCAGGAGUACCAUUUUACUAGAAUUUUUUUUAAAAGUUUUAAUUCUGGAUGAGAAAAUGUUAUUUUUCUUUCCUGUUUCAUUUUCCUCAGAAAAGUUGCAGUUAAGAGUAUAAAAUUUUCAGCUUUGUUUAUGGGAAACCUUGAGCAUUAAGGGAUCUCAUAAGUUGUUGCUACUACCUCAUAGGAGAUCUAAUAACUUGGAGUAAGAUGACUUUUAUCAUCAAAAACUUGGAGGAAGAUGGACUUUACAUUAUUCCCAUAUGUUGGAUUAAUGAAAUGAAUUUCAGUAUUUAAGUGC